CUCACUUCGUUGUUGCCUGCUAUGUUUUCUAUUGCAAUUUGCAAGGCCAAUGAUUUAUCUUCUACGUAGAAGAAAUUAGGGUUAGGGUUAGGGUUCUUCAGGAUCGGAUUUUAUCCUUCGCAUGUAUCGGUUUUAGGGUUUGUCUUGUUCUUAGAUUUUCUGGUUGUUGAGCUCUAGGCCUUGAAAUAGGUAGGCGUUGCGGAGUAUUUUUCCCUUCUCCCCCCUAACCCCCGGCUCUGUUCAGUUGUUCUGGGGUUUUUAUGCAGGAUGUCUUCAACUAAGGCGAUUUCUGCUUCUCUGAAAUCCGUGGAUGCGAAAAAGGAGAGCCUUCGUAAAGCCUUCGAAGAUCUCCAGUCGCAUUCAUCUUCGCUUGCCUCCUUCACCCUUCAGUGGAAGGAUCUGGAGGAUCACUUUGACUCCAUCCAAAAAUCUCUAGAGCAUCGAUUCAAGGAGCUCGAAGCGAAAGAAGCCCAAGUCUCUGCCAAGGGAUCGGCGCCAAAACAGUCUCCGCCGGAGAAAGACAAAUCCGCCGAUAAACCUUCGCCGCACCUGCCGGCGAAAAAACCAGAUGAGCCUGAACGUAGUCCUCGUCCGGAGCUCAAAUCUCUUUGCGUCAGCAUGGACGGAAUGGGAUUGCGGUCUUAUAUAAUAGAGCAUCGCAAGGAGCUUCCGUUCGUUAAGGACGAACUUGCCGGUGCUCUUCGUACUGCGUCAGAUCCGGCGACGUUAGUUCUGGACGCAAUGCAAGGAUUCUUCCCUCCGAAUUCGAAGGGAGACAAGGAUGGUGAGUUGGCUUCUAUCAGAAGAACCUGUAUUCUUCUGCUGGAGCAGUCGGCGGCGAUAAGCCCCGAAAUUAGGCCUCAUGUGAAGGAAAAGGCAAAGAAUUUAGCUCAUGAAUGGAAAGGGAAGGUUAGCAAGGGGGGUGAAAAUCCAUUAGAGGCCUUAGGGUUUUUGCAGCUUUUAGCUACGUAUGGGUUAGGUUCUGCAUUUAAUGCAGACGAGCUUUUAGAUCUUGUUGCCACGGUUGCUCGGCGCAGACAGGCUGUUGAUUUGUGUCGGGCGAUUGGUUUCUCAGAUAAGAUUCCUGAUUUUAUUGAGAAACUAAAAAAUAAUGGGAAGCAUCUUGAGGCUGUAAAAUUUGUUUUUGCAUUUGAGCUCGUUGACAAGUUCCCACCUGUACCCUUACUUAAAGCCCAUGUUAAGGCAUCCAAGAAGGUUGCACAAGAGAUACGAAAGAAAGGAAACGAUUCUAUUCAGGCACAGAAUGAGGCCUCCGCCAAAGAAAUUGCUGCCUUGAAAGCAGUAAUUAAAUACAUUGAGGAUCACAAGCUUGAAUCCGAGUACCCUCGAGAGAGCCUUGACAAGCGUAUUGAACAGAUGGAGAAGCAGAAAUCUGACAGGAAACGCCCGGCAGCAACUCCUGCACAAAAGCCUCAAUCGCAACAGCAGCAGACAGGGAACAAACGUCCUCGGCCUGCUGUACCAGCUCCUCCAAGGACUCUUGCUGCAGCUACUUCUGUUCCCUCAAUCCAACAAGCCCAACUGCAACAGCCUAGUUUAUUGCAGGAUAGGUUUACUCCAUAUUUAAGUUCAACAGCUGGGCCAUAUGGCUUGGCAAGCCCUUCUACUGUUACACCAUAUAUGAGUUCAACAGGUGGAUUAUAUGGGUUGGCAGGAAACUCAAGUUUUGGUGCUAACCUUAGUCCAACUAGAUCAUCUUACCCAUACGUUUCUGAGUCCCGCCCAGCCUCUGGUCUUUAUGACAGGUCCACUGGAUUUGGUGGCUACGGGUUGCCAUCUCAGUACCGUCAGUCUUUCUAUCCAUGAUACUUACAGUUGGAUGCUUUAGAAGUGUAUAGUUGGGGUUGUGAGCUUGCUCUCAUCCCAAAUGUUCAUAUGGUUGGUCUUUCUGGUAAAGACUCGAGGAUUAAACUUUCUCACAUCUUACAUCUGGCAAGGUUGGUCUUUUGGUAGUCAAGUCAGUCGUCUUGUAAUUGUCAGUCCUUUAUUGAAAGCUAGUAUUACUGCAAUCAUGAACAGGUAGGAGUUUGCUAUGAUGUUAGUCUUUGUACAUGAAGAACUAAUUCCACCUUGAAAGGUGAACAUUGGCUUUUCAUUAUUGCAGUCUGUUUAUUCUUCGUUGCAUAUGGGUUUGCUUUUUCUUGUUUCAUCAUGCUCUCCAGUUGUUGAUUUUACGUAGUUACCAGUCAACAUCAGUCAAUGCCUUGUGGCAUUGAUUUUUUAAUGGUCUUGAUGCCAUAUGCACAAGGCUUUGAUCUAUUUUCAUGGGCAAGCAAUGUAUUAUUGACAUUGUUACAUCCAAUUAGUUAUUUUUUUUGCUGACAUGCUUAUAUAUAGCUGUACUAUUCCAAUUCA